CCGGUCAGUUGUGGACGCGUCCACCCAGUGUUUUGUGGUGCAUUUAUUAAACGUUAAAAGCAUACUAAAGUGUUUGAACUACAUUUGGGAUUUUCACAGCUCAUGCACGCCUAUAAAUCAUUUGAAAAACAAUAAAGAAUCAAACAACAGAAGUUCAGUGUUUAAUAAAAGUACAAAAAUGUAUUUAAGACAAGUUUUGUGUCACGCGUGUGUUUUCGUUUUUUUAUUCUGGGCCGUGCGCGCACAAGAUGUGACCACAGCAUCAACAGCAGCAACAUCAACCAGUGGUGCAUUAGAAACAUCAGCAACAACAACAAGCACUACAUUAGAGGGCGUUAGCACUGCUGAAAUAUCAAGCACCGCCAGCUCUGUGCCUAUAAAUACCCCUCCAACAACAAUUUCUGUUAAAACGAGUGAUGAGAGUGAAACAGUAGACAGCGCUACGAGUGCUAAUGCAGCAGUGGGUGCUUCGAAGCCGAAGAAAUAUUUCACAGUUGGCGAUCUACCCGUUUGCAAACAAAGCAGCCCCGAAUUCAAUGACUGCGUGAAAAAUCUCGUACAAAAGUCCUUGCAACGGCUGAAAAACGGCGAUCGCGAUUUGAAUAUACCGAUAAUCGAUCCUUACAAGCUAAAUCGCACGACAUUUCAGUAUACCAGUGGCACCAUACGCGGACGCAUAAUUAUGCGUGAUGGGCUCACAUAUGGGUUCUCGAAAACGGAAAUCAAAUCGCUCGACUUAAAAAUAAACGGUGAUAAAGUUUCUAUGAAAUCGCUCUCAUAUGUGCCAGUGAUAAAUAUCGUGGGCAAUUACAAGGCAGAAUUAAUACUAAACAAUAUACAAUUGCGGCCCAAGGGUGUCUUCAAUGUGUCGCUGGUGGAUGUGAAUAUUGACCAAACACAUGAGGGUACUUUCUACGAAGCGGAUGGUCAUCGUUUUGUGCGCAUGCGCAGAUUCGACGCUGAACCGAAAGUUGGCGACUUUAAGCUGUCGGCUACUGGUGUGUUUCCCGAUCCAACAUUGAAAAGACAGCGGUUUUUUAAGUUGUAUCGUUCGGUUGUUGUGUAAAUUAUAUAGAAGCAGAGCAAGUUUGGCGUUUAAGUCUUUUGUAAAAAAUUUCACUGGUAGAUGUGUGUGGUUGGGUAUGUGUGCAAAAUGAAAAAAAUCUGGAGAGUAUUA